AUGGAUCGCAUAUUUGUCCGAUCCGACUUCGCGUGCCGGCACGAGUACCGACUCAUCUCGGUCGAUGACGCGUGUGUGAAGCACCUGAAGGAGCAGGUGUACCCGACCCACUCUCCUGGCAACGGUGUGGCCGGAAACAAGCGGGCGCGUGCCUCGUCGCCCCCCUCAGCGAGAAAACGCAGUGAUGUCGCAGUCGUGUUCGUCAUGAAGGGUGACGGACAGCUUUGUCUGCACGACGCCCAGUCCACCCGCUCCGUCCGCCGUGUCGAGUACUCGAACACGAUGCUGCUGGCAGCGCGACGGCUCAACCGCGCCGGCAGGUCUGCCGUCUGUGAGUCUCGAGACAGAGACAGUGAUGUCUGCAACACUGAAGAAACAGCCACAGUCACGGCUACUCCUCUGCCCACAUCCAGGGUCCGCCAGUACACAAAUGACGUCGUUGUAGCCUCCCUGAGCCACAUGUUUGACAGUCAUGCUGCGCAUCCGCAGGACAACGUGUCGGCUGUGCUGGGUGAGUCGUACUUGACCAUCGAGGAGCUCGAAGGCACCGACGGGGGCAGCAGUGGCAGUGGGGCCGCCGGUCCAUCGGGGCGCGGGUACACCUUUGCGCAGCUCGCUCGCAUGUUCCGCAGCAGUCCUGCCGAGCUCGCCGAUUUGCUGCAGAGCAUCGGCGCGGUCGUGCACCGUGGCCUCGUUCGCCUUCUCCACCCCUCCCUAGCGCAUGAGUCCUUGACGGCGGUGCUGACGUUUCUCGAUGCCGAAGAGCCAUUCGAUGCCUCCUGGGCAGCCGCGCGGGAGCACCUCUGCCCGUCCGUCUACCCGGACGUUGUGCUGCGUUCACUGGAGGCCGUAUACGGCGCGCCGCGAGGCGCAAGUGAGGCCACGAAGGACGAUGAUUCCGUUGCGCUCGUGGGGAUGCCGGCGCUGCUAAACCUGCCGCGAGUGCUGGUGGGUCUCGCCGGUGGUGUGUUUGAUAUGCACCAGGACGUCGUCCACCGAACCCUCAGCACGGGCGAAGUCGCUUGUGGGUUGCCGCUGGAGACGUUCGCAAAGGCGUGGAUGGAUGCAAUUCCGUCGUCCCUCUUCGGUGUGGCUGGCAUCCCGCACCGCGGGGCGGCAGGGGCGCAGAAAAUUCUCAUGGAGAAACUGCGUGGCUACGUUGUGGUGGAGUCACGCAGCGGCGACUUCGGCGGUCGCAUGCAAGAUACGGUAUGGUGGGUACCGAAAGAGUCCCUCAGCAUCGACUUUGCCGCUCGCCUUCGCGCACUCUUCGAGCUGCGCCCGCAGUUGUGGGACCAGAUCGAGCUGAAAGAGUACCUUGGUACGCUGGUUCCACCAGAUCAAAGCUUCGAGCACGUCAUUGUGCGUCACACGCGAGAGUACCGGAUGCCAGGGCAGCCCGUGCAGUACGCCCCGCUCCCGUGA